AUGGCCACGAACAUCACCUACCACGCUUCCGCCCUCACCCGCACAGAGCGCAGCAGCCUGCGCAACCAGCGCGGCCUCACAAUCUGGCUGACCGGUCUCUCCGCCUCCGGAAAGUCCACCAUCGCCGUCGAGCUCGAGCACCAGCUCCUCCGCGAGCGCGGCGUCUCGGCCUACCGUCUAGACGGCGACAAUGUCCGCUUCGGCCUGAACAAGGACCUAGGCUUCUCGGACGCCGACCGCAACGAGAACAUCCGCCGCAUUGCGGAGGUUGCGAAGCUCUUCGCCGACUCGGCCUCCAUCGCCAUCACCUCGUUCAUCUCUCCCUUCCGCGCGGACCGUGACACUGCCCGCAAGCUGCACGAGGUCCCCACGCCUGGUGAGGAGACUGGAUUGCCGUUCGUUGAGGUCCACAUUGAUGUGCCGAUUGAGGUUGCGGAGCAGCGGGACCCUAAGGGUCUGUACAAGAAAGCUCGUGAUGGUGUGAUCAAGGAGUUCACCGGUAUUAGCAGCCCUUAUGAGGCGCCGGAGAAGCCGGAGGUUCACGUCAAGAACGUGGACUUGCCUGUGCAGGAGGCUGUUAAGCAGAUUAUCGCAUACCUGGAUUCUCAGGGAUACCUUCCCCCCAAGAAGGAGUAG